GAGAGAGAGAGAGAGAGAGAGAGAGAGAGAGAGAGAGAGAAGUAGAAGAAAAAGAAAGAGAGUAGGGGGAAAGGAAGAAGAAACAUUUCUCAUCGGUGGUAAUCCGUUGGGCGCGUGCAAAGCGCCAGAGGAAAGGAGCCGAUUGCUGCGGAGGGUGGCAGAACUACGAGAGCGGCAAAGAGCCACAGUUGGUUGCGGGCUGUCGCCCUGGGAGCAUUACUGCGUGUCUCGUGAUCGUGAGUGUUGUUAACGCGCGAGGAUUGAACAGAUGUGUGAAUAACCGAGUAUGAAAAAAGAGAGAGAGAGAUAAAGAUAGAAAAAGGAAUAAUAAAAAUGAGCCUCGAUUGAUAUAAAAUUUCACGAAAUUAUAUAAUUCUAACGAAACUAUAUGUUUUCGCAUUUUUAUCCAAGAUCUCGUGAAUUUUACACAAUAUAUGUAUAUAUUAUGAAAUUUUCCAUCGAAUUUAACAUCUGUGAACGAAUAAAGUGAGGCGAAAUUGUGAAUAAUAAAAAUUAUAGUGAUAUAAAGGAGGGUUAUUAGAUCAUUCUACGUCGUAGAGAUGUAAGAAGCAAAGGAAGGCUGAAGGCAUGAUCUCUCGCCAGAGAAAUAUAUUUUCCGAAAGGAUCUCUCAACGGGAACGAAAACUAUGCUUAACGUUAGAGAAGAUUUAACUGGUUCGCUCGUUUUACUUUUGAAAAGUGGAAAUAGAAGGAGAUGAAGAAGUAACGUGAGCAGUUGCCCGAACGAACUUUGAGCAGUGCGAGGAAAGGUCAAAGGACAUAUACAGUCGUCGUUACGUUUCUAACUAAUAACCAGUGUGGAUAAUAUAUGAACAGACACAAACGCAUAUAAAUAUAUGUAUACGUAUACAUUCACAUGUAUGAAUAUAUACGUGUGUAUAUGUAUAUAGAUAUAUAUGUCUGUCUGUCUGUGUGUGUGUGUGAGAGAGAGAGAGAGAGAGAGAGAGAGAGAGAGAGAGAGAGAGAGAGAGAGAGAGAGAGAAAGAGAGAGAGAGAGAGAGAGAAAGAGAGAGAGAGAGAGAGAGAGAGAUUAACCUUUGCAUUUAACGAAGAAGAGACAGAGAUGAAACGAGGUGGUGUACAGCGACGAAUCGUUUCCCGAUUCGAUCAGACGAAAAGAGUCUCAGUUGGGAUGACCAAUCGCGAUUUCGACAUUAAUUUCGUUGCUCUUCCUCUUUCUCUCUCUCUCUUUCUCUUUCUCUAUCUACCUAUCUCUAUUUCUCCAUCGUUAUCAUCUGUGAUUUUUUUCUUUCGUAAAGCAAUAAACUAAGCCAAAUAAGCAAUCAAUCGAAAAUGCAUUAAAAUUUCAACGCGUCCAAUCGACGCCUUCGUGUAUUCUCACGCACAAAUGCAAAGAGAGAUAGAUAGAUAGAUAGAUAGAUAGAUAGAGAGAGAGAGAGAGAGAGAGAGAGAGAGAGAGAGAGAGAGAGAGAGAGAGAGAGAGAGAGAGAGAGAGAGAGAGAGAGAGAGACAGAAAGAGAGAGAGGGAGAACCAGACAAAUAUACGUGUACGCAUAUACACCUACAGACAAUUUUCUCGUUCUUUUUUGUCUGUCGAUUUAUCUCCCUCCUCUUCCUUUCCCUCUUCUUUCUUCCGCCCUCCCCAGAGAAGAAGUUUCUCACGUGUCCAGAAGUUUUGAGAACAUCGAAAUGCGGGAUAUAAUUAUUAUUCGAUAACAAUCGAUUCAGUGCUGGGAAAAAAUAAUUCUCGAAGAUGAUCGAUCGAGUGCUGUGAAAUCAAACGAUCGAUAUUUCUGUGAAAAAGAAAGAGAGAGAGAGAGAGAGAGAGAGAGAAUAAAAAAGGGAAAGAAAGAUAGGAGGUCAUCCACAAAGUUUCGAAUAUUAUGAGUUGUUCCAUUUUUGUUGUCGUUGUCGUUGUUGUUUUUUUUUUGCGCUCGAAGGGGUUCGCGUGAUUCGUCAAGAGUAAGAAGACGACAACUCGUCGAGAAUGCGAACGCGAAGAAUCAGAAGUCGUAAUGCGUUGAAGAGAGUUUCUAGAUGAGACAAACGUACAAAUUAAGAGAGACUCUCGUCGAAAGAAAAACGGAUAAAGAGGAGAAAGUGUCGAAAGGAACGGAGAAAAAGAAAUAGAGGAAAGGAGAAAAAUAAAAGGGAUAGAGACAUCAUUACUUUUCCCAUCGUCUUUAAUAAGAGAAAAAAAAAAGAAAAAGGACAACGAACGAAGGAGUACCUCUUGUAACCUUCAGAGAAAUCGUAAAGGAGCAAUCUGAAAGCAAAGAAAGAUUAAAUUCUGUGAAAAUAAAAAAAGAUCGCUUGCAACUUUCUCUCUUUAGACGAGAAAGAAAAAGGAAAAGAGAGAAAAAGAGAGAAAAAGAGAGAAAUAGAGACAGAGAGAGAGAGAGAGAGAGAGAGAGAGAGAGAGAGAGAGAGAGAGAGAGAGCAAAAGGAAGAGAGAGGGGGAGAGGGAGGGAGAUAGGAAAUUCUUCGAAAAGCGAGAAGAACGAACUAUCAUGAACAUUAUGCACGAGGAGUUGGUCUAUUGGUAUCUCGAAGAUUCGAAGUUCGUUUCAUCAUUGGUUUGGAGUGAAGCGUCUUUAUCGAUAGGAAGGGUGGUGGUUAGAGCUCGUGGGAUGAUUACGAGAGACCGUCGUGCCAAGUGACGAGACGAGUAAAAAGUUCAUUUCAGUGUAAUUUUUUCGUUUAUUGAAAUUUUUUUUUCGCGUAAUCUCACGAAAAUAUAUUAAAAGACAAAUAUAGAUAGAUCGACAGAGAGUGAGAGAGAAAGAGAGAGAAGAUGGAAGAUAAGUGGCACUACGAUCCUGGUAUCAUGAAAUUCAACGAUUAUUCCUGAAAUUUGUAAUAACAUUUUUUUUAUUAGAAAAAAAUUCGUCAAAAUUCUUUUUUUUCAUUUGUUUUUCCUUUGGUUUUUAAUAAAUUAUCAGUGAGUUCGUGAAUCAUGAAAGACGUUCGACGAUUAUCAUCAAUCAAAUCGACGUCGAAAUUUGUCGUCGUCGUCACCGUCGCCGUCGUCGUCGUCGUCGUCGUCGUCGUCGUCGUCGUUGUCGUCGUCGUCGUCGUCAUCGUCGUUGGAGAAUUGAAUAACCAGUAUUUAGCACGCUUAUUGGCCAUGAAGGUGAAGAGAUCAUCGGGAUGCUGCACGCUGUUAUGCUAGGGAGCGGACCGGGACGCGGUAGACGCGAGUGGUAUCCUGGAUUUUAUCUCCAAAGUCGUCGACUUGGCCGCAGGAUGAAUCGUGGCGAACAGGAGACUCUUUUCCGGCAGAGCCGACAAUUGACUCGCAUUGUACCAUCGCACGAGGACCUUGUCCUUAGUGUCCUCAAGGCACCGAUAAGUCAACAACAACAACAACAACACAGACAACAUUAUCGAUAUCAUCAACAUCAAACGCAUUCGCAGGAACAUCAUUUCAACUGCCAAGCACAUUCGGAUCAUAGAAGGUGCAAUCAUUCAGGUGACACGUACAACAACGAGAGUCUUCCACGAAGCAAGGACCAAUGCUCUAGGCUUGCGGAUAAGAGAUGCAGUAGUAGCAGUUCAGCGGUUUAUGCUGCCCUUCAAGGUAGCGAGGAUGAGCUUGCUGAGAUCGAACAUUGUCUUGAGUCGGAAGACGCGGCCUUGAAAACGGCAGGAAGCGAGACAGAGGACACCGAGGACAACGGUGCACCGAUGGAAGAGCCACCCCCCUCGCCUACACGAAGAUUUACAUUUUUACGUCGUUUCCGUUCUCCACGUUUUGGCGAGGCGCAUCACAAACGAGUGCCCACGCCUAUGAAGAGGAAACACAGAAGAAAGAAAAGCAAAGACGACAUAAUCGAAAACGAGGUGAACGGUGCCGAGGAAGAACCACCUAGCCCUGAUCAAACUGGUGUACCUGAUCCUUACUAUCCCAUUUAUUUACCUAUCGAUCAGGCCUUCAAAGCAAAAUACGUGUUCCAUCAUAAGAAGGGGAAGACUUUUCAAGAGAGACUUUAUGUUUUUCUUGAACAUCCCGGUGGGUGGCUCUGCUUCGUCUAUCAUUUCACUGUGUUCAUGGUGGUAUUGGUGUGCCUCAUAUUUAGCGUAUUGUCAACGAUAGAUCAAUACAGUAACUUUGCGAACGAAACUCUGUUUUGGAUGGAAAUAUGUUUGGUGGUGUUCUUUGGUGUGGAAUACUUGGUCCGUCUUUGGAGUGCGGGUUGCAGAUCAAAAUACAUGGGAUGCUGCGGGCGGUUACGAUUCAUACGAAAACCGAUUUGUAUCAUAGAUUUAAUCGUUGUGGUGGCAUCUAUGGUGGUUCUUUCGGUGGGCAGCAACGGCCAGGUUUUCGCCACUUCCGCCAUAAGGGGGAUAAGAUUUUUGCAAAUACUGCGGAUGCUCCAUGUCGAUCGUCAAGGUGGAACAUGGCGACUUCUCGGAUCAGUCGUCUUUAUUCAUCGCCAAGAGCUGAUCACGACGCUAUACAUCGGGUUCCUAGGUCUUAUUUUCAGCAGUUACUUCGUGUACCUUGCCGAAAAAGAUGCUGUCGGGCCCGAUGGAAAGACAGACUUUUCUAGCUACGCCGAUGCGCUUUGGUGGGGUGUGAUCACUGUAACCACGAUUGGUUAUGGUGAUACUGUCCCACAAACCUGGAUGGGAAAAAUCGUGGCAUCGUGUUUCAGCGUGUUCGCCAUAUCCUUCUUCGCACUUCCAGCCGGUAUACUUGGCUCCGGCUUCGCAUUGAAAGUUCAACAAAAACAACGGCAGAAACACUUCAAUCGACAGAUACCGGCCGCGGCUAUGUUAAUACAGUGUCUGUGGAGGUGUUAUGCCGCCGAUAAAGCAAUAAACAGCGUCGCUACGUGGAACAUUUAUAUAAAGGAUCCAACGCCAGCAGGACAACCAUCGACGCCAUUGGGAAAGUUGAUUUGUGUAAAGAAGAUGUCUCUGAUGAUCCAGGUGGCAAAGAAGGCGAGCGUACUGAAGAGACGGAAAUCUCGUAACCGGAUGGACGUCCAACAACAGCAACAGCAGCAGCAAUC